AAGCCGGUAUAGUAUUCGAUAACAAUCGAAUUGUUACAGUACUAGCGUUCAAGUCUCCCAGUUCAGUUUAAGUUUCGCGAAUAAUAUAAUAUAGUGAACAAAAUGAGUAAAUUCGUUUUAUUAGCUUUAUGCUUGGUCGCUGUCGGCAGCGCUUUGGCUGACGAUGAAAAAUUCACCGAUAAAUACGAUAACGUUGAUAUCGAUGAAAUCUUGAAGAACGAUAGAUUGUUCAACAGUUAUUACAAAUGUUUGAUGGAUCAGGGAAAAUGCACCGCUGAAGGAGCUGAUUUGAAAAAAUAUUUACCCGAAGCCAUCAAAGCCGAAUGUGCUCAGUGUACCGAUAAACAAAAGGAAGGUGCCAAGAAAGUCGUCAGAUACUUGACCGAAAACAAGAAAGACCAAUGGAAGGCGUUGAUGGACAAAUGGGACCCAGACCACAAAUACAGAGAAAAAUACGAAGCCAGAAUCCAAGAUAUCCUCAACUCGUAAGAGAAUCUCUUUACUCAACACUUGAACAGACUGUGUUACUGGUCAUAUACCUACAUCUCGACAAAUGUUUUACCCUUUCUCAAAUUUCUGUGUUAUUUUGAACAAUUUAUUAGUAUUUUAAGUGAUUAAUAAAAACCGUAUUUAUUUGCUAUGGAA